CUUUACAAAUCCAAAUGAGUGGUCCUAUCCGCUGUUUUUAAUUGGGUAGUUUGUUGUCCUCGUACGUUUAAUCGGUAUACAAAAGUUAAGACUGAUCCCUUUUUCAGUAGAAAGACAUCGGCUUGAAUAUAACCUCAAAUGUCUGCUAUUCAACUUUAUCAAAAAUAACUUAUAUGGACCAAAGAGGUGAUUUUUUAAGAAAUGAAGAUGUUGGAGUUAAAUAAAAUUUCUGCUGAUAUCCAGAAUUCUGAAGGUUUGCAUUCAGACUUGAUGACCUGUGGAAUAUGCCCUAAACGGUUUCCAGAUGUACUGACAUUCCUACUACACAAGGCUCAACAUGUCAGUACGUUUGGAACAUACCAGUGUGAACUGUGUGGGAAGCCAUAUAUGUCUCAUACAGUGCUGCUCUAUCAUUAUAGAGCAACACAUAAGCUUCAACUUCUUCUCCCUAGUGAUACUGCUAAUGCAGAUAAAAAAAUGGCUGCCCAGCAGGUAGUACAAACUACUGCACAUACCAACAACACUGUUCAUCAGGGUGGUAUGCAAGCCAGCAAAAACUUUGAUUUUCAUUUUAUUCUUGCUACAGAAACAGUAAAAGGGAACUUAUUUGACUAUGGGAGGACUAUCUUUAAGUGCAUCUACUGCACCCAGAAAUGCUUUUCCAAGGAUGGGCUGAUAAGUCACAUGUGGUCAAAGCAUGCUGUUGUUGAUUUCCUGCAGAAUGUCGAUGUCGCACUUUGUGGUGGAGAGAGGUUGUUAAGUAUCUCUGAAUUUGAGUCAUGCACAAAACUAGAAACUGUACUGGCAGAAUCUAGAUCCAGAAAAAGAAAGGCAUUGCUGAGGUCUGCUCGAGGAAAGAAGUUUUUCUGUUUGGCCUGUGGUAAAGUUUUCUCCAACAGGCAGGCUUUGCAACUGCACAUGGACACUCAUGAAUUAGAAAGAACUUUCCUUUGUGACACCUGUUCAACAGCUUUUAAAUCUCCGACUCAUCUUCUGACUCAUCGUAGAAUGCAUCAUACAAAGGGAUACAAAUGUCAUCAAUGUGGUUUUCAGUCAGAUAUCAAUGCAGUGGUGCAUCUCCACCGACAGCAGCACAAAGAUGGCAGUGUGCUCUGUGCUGUUUGUGGUACUGCGUACUCUGAUCGCUCUACUGUCAACAAGCACAUGCGUGUGCAUGCUGUAGAAAGACCCUAUGGCUGCAGCUAUGAAGGAUGCUCAUGGAGAUUUAAGACUGAGAUGAUGCUGAAGGCUCACAUCCGUGCCCAUGCCACUAGGGGGAGGUUUGAAUGUUCCACAUGUGGCUACCUUUUUCGCCAUAAGCACCACCUUCAACGUCAUGAGGCCAGAAUGCACAAAGACUUAUCACUUGGGAGUACGCAGUGUAUUCAUUUACAAGAGUCACAGGAGCAGUCUCAACCUCCAAGUGUCUGCAAUUCACGCGGUAAGUCUACGGACCUGGAAAUGGAGAAAUAGACUGCUGCCUUGACUUCAGCCCAGCAAGAUGUGCAAGACAUAGACUUCCAUGCUGAUAAAAUGCAGAAACUGAUAUAAUUUCUACCACUAAGGUUUCUUUUAUAAGACAAAGCCCCACAAUUGGCUUAUUUUACUCUAGCAACAAUGUAGAACUGAAGUGCUAUUGAGAUUAUAUUUAUUUAUUUAUUGUGCAGAACCUAGACAUAGGUAAUAUAAGUUGAAUAGAUGUGCAAUGGCUGAUAGCAUACUGCCUGAAAGUAAAUCGGAAAACAUGCAAUGACGUGAACAACCUUGGCUGCAAAAUGUAAUUUUGUCAUAACAUUUGCAUAUUUAAUUUCCAUUUUGUUGUUUUUGUUUAAAAAUAAUACAAUAGAUUCAGCACACUGUACAAAUGGUUUACAUGAACGCAACAGAGCUUUGCACAUUUUCUGCUUUAAAGCUGUAUUUUGGUGACUGUAAAUGUGCGUCAGCAAUUUUCAUAUACAAGGCUGGUCCAGUGUUUGUGAGCACACAUCUCUUAUAGUAAACAUUUUAAUACAUCACUUUUACAAGGGAAUAAAAAAUAAUGAAAACAAAAUUUAUAUAUCCAUAUGGUAUGUUGUAUAUUGUAUGUGGUUCCUUUUACAUUGUCUGGACAUUACCAUCUUGAAAAUAUGGCCUCUCCUUGCAUGACAGUGAUAUUACUUGCAAUCAGAACUGUAGUGCUCUCUUUAGACAUACUUUAAAACACUGUAGUGCUAUAAUCACGUACAUUGCCAUUAAUAAGGUACUGGCAGUUCAUUUGAUAUUAAAAAAUAAACACAAACUUCUUGAUGAGGAGUGUUUAUGAAUUUUAAACUUGGGCACUAUGUUCCCACCUGGACUAAACAAACUUUUUUAACUUGUCUAUACAAGUUUCAGUACUUUUAUAAAAAAAAAAAAAAAAAAAAAAAGUUAAUGAAAUUGAAUAGAUGGUAUCAAUUGUGUGUAAUAUUGUGCCUUUUUUCAUUUUUAAUCUUUAUGAAAUUUCAUUUCUGAUUGUCAAUCAAUUUGAGUGUAUUGUAUCACUUUAAAAAUUUUCUUUUCAUUGUAAUGAUGUGAUGCAUGGUCCAUCAACAGCUGGAUGUUUUUUUUUUUUAUUUUAACUGGGAUGCUUAAUGUUUUUUUUUAACCGUACUCAGUCCUUAGAGAUGAAACUGCAAUCUGUGGACCAAACAAAAUGCUGUUUUCUCCAUCCUAAUCGUUUGCUGCUGAUCUUUUCAUAUGGUGUUUUUGUAUUGUAUAGGACUGUGUCAUGUCACUGCAUCAUUUUGAGAGUCUAGAAACAAAUUGUUAAUGCAUUUUAUAAACAAACAAAUAAAUAAAUAAAAUGAA